AUCAGUCAGCAUUGACAAACAGUCCAAAAUGUUCAGCAAAGUUUUCAUUUUUAUGCUUCUGGGUUGCGCUCUAGCCUUCGUGCAGAGUUCAUCCGCAGCCGAAAUUCAACGAGUUCGUCGUGAACCUCAUGGCGAAAAGGUAGCUGCCUGGUGGCACAACCUUGAAGACAAAGUAUCCAAUUUUGGCCAGAACGUUAAGAACAAAAUCACCAACUGGUGGGAUAAAAUCACCGGCAAAGCUGCGUCCAAAGCGAAAGAGCAAGAGCUGCUAAAACUGAAGCAAGAAUAUGAAGCCCUGAGAGAAGAGAGCGAACGUGCCGUUCAAGCUAAGAAAGAAGCUUGGCAGAAGGUCUUGGCCGAGAACGAGGCGAAGCUUGCUGAACUUAGAAAUCAAGCCGAAUCUGACGUCGAGGGAGAGAUCUCUAACUGGGACAGCAAGUUUGAUCAGUUACAAGAGAAAGCUGAGGUUGUCAUCAAGUCUUAGGAAUUAUGAGAUGAACUUGUGUGAAUUGAAUCAAUGAUGCAAUAUGUAUAUUUUUUUACUUUUAAAUCUUUGUUAGUGAUAAAUAAAAUAUAAAUGAGCCAAA